GGGAUAUUCGAAUGACAAUCUCAGUGGUAAAUUUGCUGAAUUCAUGGGAUGGAUGAUAACCAAUGCGUUCUACGUGUAUUGCGGAUACUGUCUCGUUUGCCACAUGACAAGCAACUUCAAAACUUUGACGAUCAUAGGAUCCAGCAGUACACAUUCUGUUUUAAAUACUGGUGAUCUGGUGUUAUAUGUCACGCAUUGGUCAGCAAGAACAUCUGAAAGUCGGCGAUAUUGUAUGUGUGAUAGAUAAGGAAAGGGGUUACGAAUAUUACAUGCAAAAAGUAACCAAAAUCUAUCGGCCAAGUGAGACAGGCAGUCCUUUAGUAGAAAUCCAAUACCAAGCAGAAAAAGAUGAUAAAUUACAGCACAAAUCGUUCAGCCGAAAUGAACUACAUGGAAAACGUGUCUUCAGUAUACCCUAUAUUGGAUUACCGUACGUGUUGGUUCAAAGAUAUCCAGGUUAUCUUGUUUUCAUCUAUUUUCUGUGGAAUGUGUUUAGCAAAUUCUGUUACCAAUAUGAAUACUGGUGUGAUCUGACUGGUUAUAUUGUAUUAUCAUUAGAAGCGACAUUCGUCAAUAUACAUAUAUACCUUUAGCUAUUAGGUUGAAGCAAAAUUGUAUUUUUUUUCAUUUAUUUAAUUUAAUUAGUGAUACGUAAUUC